CCUUACACAAAAACAGUAACCGUGAAUUUUCACUCUUGAGACAGAGAGAAGAAGAAAAAAUUAGAGAAAGAUUGUAUAAAUAGGAGGAGCUCUGGGCAAAAGAUAUAAACACUGAAGAGGUCACACUCUACAAAGACAUGGAGGUUCAGUUCUGCUUCUUGGUUAUUGCCUUCUUCUUCUUGCUACUGAGUUGGCUUAAAAGAUAUUACAAGCUAAUUAAACCUAAUUUCGCUCACAAACUUCCCCCUGGCCCAAAGAAGCUACCUCUCAUAGGAAAUCUCCAUCAACUAGCAAUGGAAGAUUCAUUUCCACACCGUGCUCUUAGAAAACUCGCUCACAAACAUGGACCUCUCAUGCACCUUCAACUUGGUGAAAUUUCUGCAGUGGUAGCAUCCUCCCCCGAAAUGGCCAAGGAAAUAAUGAAAAAUCAUGAUGCUGCUUUUCUGCACAGGCCACAAUCUAUUGCUACAGACAUUUUUACCUAUGGGGGAAUGGAUAUCGCUUUUGCUCCCUAUGGUGAUUACUGGAGACAAAUGAGAAAAAUAUGUGCGUCAGAGCUUUUAAGCGCUAAAAGAGUUCAGUCUCUGUCUCACGUUAGAGAAGACGAGGCAGCAAAGUUUAUAGACUCAAUUCGAACAUGGGAAGGUUCAGCAAUCAAUAUUAGUAGUAGGAUUUUGUCGUUGAUAAGUGGUUCUGUUUCCAGGGCAGCGUUCGGGGAAUACGAGGAGCGAGAUGAAUUUGUUGCGUUGAUGCGAAAACUAAUAGCAGCUUCGGGAGGAUUUGACCUUGUUGAUUUGUUUCCUUCAAUAACAUUCACGCAUUUCAUAACUGGGAAGAGGGCCAAAUUGGAGAAGUUGCAGAAGCAGGUUGACAUGGGAUUGGAGAACAUUAUCAAAGAGCAUCAAGAAAAGCACAGAAGAGCAAAAGAAAGUGGGGCUCAAGUAGAACACGAAGAUCUUGUUGAUGUUCUUCUCAGAAUUCAACAAAGUCACAGUCUCGACGUCAAAAUCACAAUGAUAAGCAUCAAAGCUUUGAUAUUGGAUGUAUUUAGUGCCGGAACUGAUACUUCAGCAUCAACACUGGAGUGGGCUAUGACAGAAAUGAUGAGAAAUCCAAGAGUGAGGAAAAAAGCACAAACUGAGUUGAGAGAAGCAUUUAGAGAAAGGAAAGUAAUUCAUGAAAGUGAUGUUGAGCAACUAACUUAUUUGAAGCUGGUGAUGAAAGAGACAUUGAGGUUACACCCACCUACUCCAUUGUUGCUCCCUAGAGAAUGUUCUGAACUAACAGUCAUUGAUGGGUAUGAAAUACCUGUGAAAACAAAAAUCAUGGUAAAUGUGUGGGCAAUCUGUAGAGACCCGGAACAUUGGAUGGAUGCUGAGAGGUUUGUUCCUGAGAGGUUCGAAGGUAGUUGUGUGGAUUACAAAGGGAAUAACUUUGAGUAUCUCCCAUUUGGGGCAGGAAGGAGAAUGUGCCCAGGCAUAACAUUUGGUUUGGCCAGCAUUAUGCUUCCACUGGCUCUGUUACUCUUUCACUUCAACUGGGAACUACCAAAUCAGAUGAAACCUGAGGAUAUGGAUAUGGCUGAACGCUUUGGAUUGGCUAUUGGGAAGAAAAAGGAAUUGUAUUUGAUUCCCUCUGUUUAUGAUCUUUGAGUGCGUCUUUAUCAAACUCACUUUCAUGAGUCAUAUUUUAAGAUCAAAUUUUAGGUGUUUUGUGAACUGGUAAGUGUGUAUCGUCUUUCUUUUUUCUUUCAGCGAACGGGUAUAUAUACAAUGGUAUAAUAGCUACUGCAGUUAUUGUACAAACAAAUAUUUACAUAAUUUGAGUUAAAUAUAUUUUUGUUUUUAAUUUUCGGUAAAA